AUGUUGCGGCCUAUGUUACUAAUAUUAUACAUCGCGACUUUAGUGCAAUGUGAAUAUAGGAGUGAUUUUGUGAAACAUGUUAGACAUGGUGGCCGGGCCCUGAUAAGGCACGGGCGAUCUCGCGUGCAUCUGACGCGGCUGCACGCGCGGACGCGCGAGUUGGUCGCGCAAGUUAUAGAGGCUGAGAGGAGUAGCGAGUUAGAAAGUAUAGACAAAUCUGGAGAGGAUCCUAUAGUUUCUGCUUUAAGACCAUAUGGAGCACCAGACGAUGACGAUGGAUCAUCCAAAGACAACGAUUCAUUUCAAAAGUUCUUUGGCAAUUUUUCUACUAAUAUAAAAAAUGAUCAUCAAGCUGAUGACGUCACAACUGAUGAUGUAUCACUCUUAGAACACUUGAUUAAUCUAGGACAUAGUUAUGAAAACAACGAAACCAAAAUAUCCGUAGAUGAUACACUAAAUACAGAUCAAAUAAGAGAUCUAACCAAUGAGACCACAGAAGCAGAAAAUGUUACAAUAACAAAACCAAAUGUACAUGAAGAUGUUGUUACAAAAUUUCUUAGAUUAAUAGAAACGCAACAUUUGUUAGGCGAAAACUGUACAGCGGGUACACAUUUGAAUCUAGGUGAAGGUGUUGUAGAUAGAUAUGCUCAAGAAAGAUUUAGAAUAGAAGCUGAUAUAGCAGUGAAUAGAGCGAAUAUGUUGACAAGACUAUGGAAGUACGCUGGAGCUUCAGUAAUGCACAAUGAAUAUUUGUUACACGCAAGCGUAUUGUCCAUGGUCGAAUUUGAUGAUGAUAUAUUCGCCGCUGGAAAUUGCUAUGACCAAUUUCAGUAUAAAGAUUAUCAGUUAUUUUGCCCGUUCGCAUAUCGGUUACCGGAAGGACCAAUAUUGGCGAAGGAUCUGGCGGUGGAAUAUAAAUAUUUGAGUAACACUUCGGAAUGGUUCUACAUAGCGCGGAAGAAUGCUGAGAGAGUCAUUCAAAUUCAUAAUCAGUUUAAGAAACAUUACCACACAUACACCUUCAACGAUACAGCACAUACAGAACGAGAAUCGGACGAGAUCCUGUCAGUUACAUACGAGGACGGCAAGUGGUCGAAGCCUUACUACGACUGCGGGGGUGGCAACAUCUGGAUGUUGACUUACACUGUCCCAUUCUUCGGAUACAGCAAUGGGACUUACUUCUUCAAGGGCACGAGUGGCAUCGACAUCGAUCUACGAAGAGUGGACAUUGAUCAGUGUCCGCUGAAACCUGGCUCAUCGCAACUUAACAUCUUCGCCGGCACCGACAAGUGCAAGAAGAAAACAACCGAGUGCGUACCAGUUCCCGGCUUGGGGUUCCGUCGCGGCUCCUAUAGGUGCCUGUGUCGACGAGGGUUCUACUUCCCAAACACCACAGCUGUCAACAGAUACUAUAACGGCAGUGAAAUCGAAGAGGAGUAUGAAAAACAUAUCCUGCUCCAAAAGAACCUCUUCUCAUUGCACGAUGCCUUCGAAUGCCUGCCCUGCGCUGAGGGGUGUGAGGCCUGUGUUGAUGGGUCACCUUGCGUCGCCGCCCUCAAUUGGGUAGUGAGGACUACAAUCUUCGCCUUAGCCUGUCUGGUUAUCACAUGCCUUCCGUUUAUCGUAUACUUCACUAUCAAGUACGGUCAUGUUAGGGUGGUCCGAGCUGCAAGCCCUGCACUCCUCAGAGUGAUAGUACUGGGCGCUCUCCUGAUAUACUGCACAACGCUGGUCAUGUACGGCAGACCUACAGUCUUCACUUGCACCGCGAGGGUUUGGUUACGGGAGGUGGGCUUCUGUCUCACAUAUGGAGCCCUGAUGCUGAAGACUUGGAGGAUAUCCGUGAUCUUCCAAGUACGAUCAGCAAAGGCCGUGAAGAUAUCCGACAUGUAUCUACUGCGGCGGAUUGGGAUUAUAGUUGGUGUGGCAUGUGUUCUACUGUCCAUCAGGACGUUAGUGGCUCCACCAGCCGUCAUAGUGGGACGCACGAAGGAAGACUUGAAGGCAUAUUUAUGUAACACAGAUUGGUGGGAUCAUUCAUUCACUACGCUGGAAGUAAUAUUCCUAAUGUGGGGAAUCCGGCUCUGCAUCAUGGUGAGGAAAGCACCGUCGGAAUUCAACGAGAGUCGCUUCAUAUCAAUGGCGAUAUACAAUGAGUUUCUUCUAUCCGUCUUCCUUAAUAUAUCUAUGUUAUUUCUACAAUCUCCAGCGAAUCCAGAUCUGCUCUACAUAAUUUUCUUCUGUCACACCCAGCUUACUGUGACGUUGCUUCUGUGUUUCAUAUUUGGGAGUAAGGCUUACAUGGUAUAUAAAGGACAUGGCAAAGACGAUCGGGAAAAAACAGGAAAGUUUAGAUCCAGAGCUGCUGAAUCAACAUACACCAUGACGACCAAUAGAAGUACACGAUUCUGUGAUAAUAUGACAGAAAGAGAACUGGAGGAGGAGUUCAGGAAAAUCUGUAACCAGCUCGAAAAGCUACGGGAGCGAUGCGGAACAUACGCCGUAGUUGCUCGUCGUAUCACAGCCAUGCAAGACGCAUCAGCUUUGCAUGACCGUAAACCACCAACAUCUGAUCACUCGGCUCCGCUGAAACUAAACACAGUUUUCAGUGCAGUCGCCGAUCGCCUUAUGUGUACAGUAACACCUGCUGAAGAAUCCAGCAGUAGUGGGAGAGACUUACCUUUCGAAGCUCCCCCCGCCUAUAGACAUAAGACAUUUAGUCCAACUAAAAGUGUAGAAGCCAGUAAUACAGAACAAAGUCAAACAGACGUGACAACUGACUCACCUAAACGAAGGACAGAACUCAAUGAAGAAACUAAAGAAGAAAAACAAAAUGGUGUAUUUAAAAUAUCAGGUGAAGCAAAUUGUAGUGACAUUCGACCGCCGGAAGUGGCUAGACAAAACAGUUUUAACAAUAAAAGUGAUAAACAAAGUGAAUUGAAAUCUAGUCCAGGUAGUACAGAAACAGUGAGAGGUGUUAGAUCAGGCCAUGCAAGAACUCACGCAAUAGUUAUAAACUUAGACGAUAAGAGUCGCUUCACUGAAGAGGUCACUGUUUAAUGUGUACAUAAUUUUGAAGACU